GAUCCUUCAUUUGAAUACAAGGCAUACAAAUAUUCUUGCUACAGGGGCGUACGCGUUUCCGUAGUGCAACUAGACAUUAUGCCUGAUCCAUCCAAAUCGGCUCCAGCCCCCAAAAAAGGCUCCAAAAAGGCGGUCACCAAGGCGCAGAAAAAGGAUGGCAAGAAACGCAAACGGGGCCGCAAGGAGAGCUACUCCAUCUACGUGUACAAGGUGCUGAAGCAGGUGCAUCCGGACACCGGCAUCUCGUCCAAGGCCAUGGGCAUCAUGAACUCGUUCGUCAAUGACAUCUUCGAGCGCAUCGCCAGCGAGGCCUCCCGCCUGGCGCAUUACAACAAGCGCUCGACCAUCACGUCCCGCGAGGUGCAGACGGCCGUGCGCCUGCUGCUGCCCGGGGAGCUGGCCAAGCAUGCCGUGUCCGAGGGCACCAAGGCAGUCACCAAAUACACCAGCUCCAAGUGAGGCGCGGCGAGGGUGCCCUCAAUUCAAAGGCUCUUUUCAGAGCCACCCA